CUUUGAACACAUACCACCCUUUGCUUUUGAUUCUCAUUCUCUCUCUUUUUUUCCUUUUUUCAUUUUCUUUAGUUCCAUUGGAAAAAAAAUGUCUGGUGUUUGGAUUUUCAAGAAUGGUGUUGUUCGACUAGUUGAAAAUCCAGGAGAGUGCAAUGUCCGGAAAAUGCUAGUCCAUGUCCCGUCUAAUGACGUUGUUACAUCUUAUGCUAUUCUCGAAAGAAAAUUAUCAUCACUCGGAUGGGAGCGGUACUAUGACGAUCCUAGCCUUCUUCAGUACCACAAGAGAUCAACAGUCCACCUAAUCUCUCUUCCCAUAGAUUUCAACAAGUUCAAGUCCAUACACAUGUACGAUAUUGUUGUUAAGAAUCGCAAUGAAUUCGAAGUUAGGGACAUGUGCUGAAUCAAAUGAGUGUUCAUGUAUUGUGUUUCUUUAACUUCUUCUUGAGAAUCAGUGAUUUUAUUAAUCAAGCGUUUGACAGCAGUUUGAUUAGUCCUAGGUUGUCUGAAAAUUUGAUCUAGGGAUUUUUAUUUUAUUUUUUUCCUUCUUUCUUCUUUUUUGUCUGGCUUAUGCAUGUUUGUAUAUUCAGUAUUUGGAUAUGAGAUUCUUAAGAUUGUAUUUUAGGGCAAGGUUCUUAAUGUCAUAUAAAAUGUU